CUGUCUCCGUGUGUCUCCGUGUGUCUCCGUGUGUGAGCAGUGAUGGACCGCUGGAGGGGCAGAGUGGCUCUGGUGACCGGGGCAUCGGUCGGCAUCGGCGCGGCUGUGGCCGCAGAGCUGGUCCGCUGCGGGAUGACGGUGGUCGGCUGCGCCCGAGACCUGGACAAAUUACAGAAACUGGCUGCAGAGUGUAAAAGUGCCGGCCACACCGGGGUCCUGGUACCCUUCAAGUGUGACCUGAGCAACGAGGAGGAGAUCCAGUCCAUGUUCUCAGCCAUCAAAGCAGAGCACAAAGGUGUGGACGUGUGCAUCAACAACGCUGGUCUGGCUCACCCAGACCCUCUGCUGAGUGGAAACACCAGCAGCUGGAAGAACAUGCUGGACGUGAACGUUAUCGCUUUGAGCAUCUGCACGCGUGAGGCGUACCAGUCGAUGAAGGAACGCAAUGUCGACGACGGCCACAUCAUCAACAUAAACAGCAUUUGUGGACAUCGUGUGAUUCCCAGCUCUGAUAUUCACUUCUACACGGCGACCAAGCAUGCUGUGACGGCGCUGACCGAGGGCCUGAGGCAGGAGCUGCGGGAAGCCAAGACUCACAUCCGAGCCACAUGUGUUUCCCCUGGUAUAGUGGAAACAGAGUUUGCUCCCCGCCUUUACAGCAACAGUGCAGAAAAAGCCCAUUUUCUAUAUUCUCAGUAUAAGGUUCUGGAAGCAAAAGAUGUCGCCGAUGCUGUUACAUACAUCCUGAGUGCCCCUCCUCAUGUGCAGAUUGGAGACAUUGUGAUGCAAUCUGUGGAGGAUGUGUCGUAGUGCCGCGCCAUGUGACGGCUGAAUCAGUGCGCUGAAGGCUGUCCCGGCGGAGGGAAUCCCGGACAGGUCACAAGUCUCAACUGAACUGACUUACAGUUGAAUUAAUUUACUGUCCUCGUUCCUCUUUAUGUUGAGUUGUUCAUCACAUUUGUGGAUUUUACAGACUGUAAUCAAUGAUGCUGACAAUAAAACGUUAGAUUUCAAGAUGAAA